AUGCAGUAAUAAUUUUUUUAUUAAUUUUGUAGGUGUAAUUAAUUUAUAAAUACCAUUAUUCCAGAAUUUUCUUGUUCCUCUAAUUCUAAAUUUUCAGUUCUAAAUUAUUUAAGAAAUAAUAUUAUAAGAGGGAAUAUCAAUAAAACAAUUAAAGACAGAACAAAAGUAUUUAAAAAUUACUUAUUUUAAUAGUAUAUAAUACUUGAUAUAAUCAUUAACAAAGAUUAAUUUAAAUAAUUAUCGAACAAAAUUUAAAGACAAUAACUAAAACAUAAAGAAAAUGAAUUUAUUAAUUGGUGAAGAAUAAGGGAGUAAAAAUUGUUAAAUAUAAGAGAACUAAUAAAAGGAAGAAAGUGAUAUAAUUUAGAUUAGGUUUUGGGAACAAAGUAAAACUUAUUAUUAUUAUUUUAGUUGCUCGAGGAUAUUAACAAGAAAUAUAAGUAAAAAUAGCAUCUAACAAAUUAGUAAUUGCAACAAUAAUUAUGGGAGAAUAAUUUGAACAAAGUUUAUCAUAAAAGCAAUGGAGUUCCUAAAAAUUUUAUGGAAAAGAUUAAACGAAUGAAAAUGGGUAAAUCAAAUAAGAAAUGUAGCAUAUGUUGCAAUGAGUUCCAUAAAGGUAUAGAGUAAUUAUUAUAAAAAAGAUGAAUCAAUUAUGUAGCUUCCGUGUAAACAUAUAUUUCAUGAAAAUUGUUGUAAAUCUUGGCUGGUCAAUAGUAGAAAGUGUCCAAAUUGUAGAUCCGAUAUAGUAGAAUUGAUAAAGAAUGAAGCUAAAUGAGAAACCAUCAC